GGCGCGCAAAAUGGCGGCCAAGAUGGCGGCAGAGGUCCCCGAUUCGGUGCUGCUGCGGGUCCUGGCGCUGUUGCCGCUGCGGGAUCGGCUCCGUGCGGCCAGGGUCUGCCGGCGUUGGAGGCAGCUGGUGCAGGACCGGGUGCUGUGGGCAGACGUGGACCUGAGCCCGCACAAGCUCAGCUCCAAGAUCCUGUGGCAGCUGGUGCGGCACCGCCUGGGCGACAGCCUGAGGACCCUGCGGGUUCGGGGCGCGCUGCUUGCCGGCGGCAGGGAGCGGCUGCUGACCCCUGCGCUGCUGGCCGCCCUGGCAAAACGCUGCCCGCGGCUCACAAGGCUCUGCCUGGCUGAAGCCGACCUGCGCCUGCUGCCCUACGAGAGCUUCCCCGAUUCCAUCACGGUCCUGGAACUGAGCUGCUGCGAAAUCCCUGCUGCCUGGUUCUGCGGCUCUGAAGCCCAAGCCCUGCCCCGGCUGCAGCACCUUGUGGUCCACAAAGUCCCUGCGUUUUCCAACCAGCACCUGCUGAACGUCUCUUCCCGCAACCGCCUGAAGACGCUGACCCUGUCGGGGACCUACCGCGUAACAGACGCGGGGAUUCAGAGCGCGGCUCCGCACCUGGAGGAGCUGCAGCGCCUGGUGCUGCGUCACUGCGUCGUUACCGACUCAGCCCUGCACUUCAUCGGGCACCACAUGAAACAUCUCCGGUUCCUGGAGAUCAGCAGCGCUUACUCCCUGACGAACAUGGGCCUGGCUUGUUUAGCAGCCCUGAAGUGCCUGGAGAUGCUGCACCUUGACCACUGCGAUAAGUUUUCCCCAGACGCCAUUGCCGCUUUGUGCCGAGCGCUUCCCCAGCUGAGGAACCUGAAACUGGACGGGGCUGACUUUGGAGAUGAGGCAAUGGGUAAAAUUCAGGCGAGCUUGCCCAACUGUAGCUUCUCACACACUCCUUGAACAGCCCAAAGCGGGAGGGCAUUCACCACUCAUUGCUGAGCUUCCAAUUCCCCUUUUUUGGCGUAAAACCUUAUUACCUGGGAGCUGCUGUUCACGUUUUGGGGAACAGAAUUAUUUAGGGGCUGAAACAGUGAGCCAAGCUGGUCUGGCUGAGGCUAGAGGGUGUGUGCGUGGCCGGUUUACAAGCUAAAGCUCUGUUUGCUCCUCUUCCCCCUGCUGCUGAGCAUCAGGCAGCAGCUUAACCCGUGCCGAAUUGCAGGAGUGAAGCGAGGCGGCCUCCUGCCGCAGAGCCCAAAGCCCAGACGUCCAGUUAAUGCCUAACCCGGUUGCCUCACCGCCCUGCACGUAGGCUGCAAGCUGUGCUGAGGAAGAAAUAUUUCAGCCACACGUGCCAGGGCUGUGUUCUUGGAAGAGCUGGGGUGAUCUGCCCAGACAGCGUUGUUGUCACAGGCCAGGCUAUCAUCACACUGGUGCCUUCCCCCAGGACUGGUGUUUGAAGCUGUUCUCCAGGAAGUUUUGGUCCUGAGGCUUCCUAAAUGGUGCUAAGAACAACAUGUGGCCACAGGCGGACUGGCGUGGGCUUGCAGGCAUCGUCGAGGCUGCCAUCGCCUCUCUUGGCUGUCCUGGGAGCAGCCACGUUGCCCUGUCACUUUUUAUUGCCCCCGAUCUCCUCCCACCUGCAGUGUUGUAACCCCAGAUAACGGACGUUGUGGCUGUAGCGCUGUGACAUUGCUAUUCUUGGAUCCCGGAGUCAGCCAAGGGCAUUUUUAAAUCAAAUAUUGUAUUUAUUAAAUAAAUAAAAAAUAUUUUGACUU